AUGCCCUCUGCAUGUGAAGAGAUAGACCAGGACAUCCGGGAAAUAUCUCAGGACCCAAAAUAUUCCAAAUGGUUUGCUUAUGCACCAAAAAGAGUGAAAUCCCGAGGCGGCAAGAAGGUUGGGUCUAGCACGACUACUGCACCAAGUGCCGUAUUCAAGAAAAAUGUCGUUCCACCUAUACAGGCUAGCUUGGGAAACAGCAAGGCUCUCAAUAAUGAGCUCCUUUGCCCAACCAAGUUCCCAAAGAUGCAGAGCACACUCUUUGAGGUCGGGACUGAUGUAUCGGUAGGGCAUGGGCAAGAUAUAAUACAGAAAGCAGCUGUAAUCGUGGUGGGAGCUAUGAAGUGUAUAUUUCCUAUUUGA